GAGCGUUUUCUACAGAAAUGAUUUCGAAAAUGAAAUGUCAACAAUGACCUAUUGGAAAGACAUUUCGACAAAAUUACAAAAUGUCUAAACGUUCAAAAAAAAACAAUAAAUAUCCCGCCAAUUCGUUAUUACUUCCUGAUAUUACUGUGAAACCCUUAAACCGAGAAGGGGCGUCCAAAUUGAAAGCGAGCAAUUCGGAAAACAAUCUGAAGAAAUGCAAACCAUUGAAACCAUCACUCUCAAUAAAAUCAUGGAGUGUAAAUCAAAAAUAUGCUAAGAACAAAAUCGCUAAUAACUUAGAUGAUGAUAACCUCAAUAAUUUUCAGGAUUUAAAUAUCAGUAACGAGUCAGAUGAUUACGACUGUUCUUCCAACCUGUUGAGAGCGAAAGACAGUUUGGAGAAUUUGCUGAAAACCGAGAGAUUCCUGGAAAACGCAGAGUUGAACGUUGGAUCGCCGUCGACUUCGUCAUCUCCUGAAACCCUUUCACCUCGUUCUCUGCCUGCUUUGAACGAGGGCGCCACUAAAUCAACAGCAGCCUCAAAAUCUUCAGCAUGGGAAUCUAAAAUGACGAAAAACCGGAGAACGAAAGAAAGAAAAAAGAAGGGCGGUAAAACUACUGACUUCAAAUUGCCCAAAUGCGACAAUAGAGAUUUUAAAUCGGGCGACGAUGAAAAGGCAGCAGCUACAUCUUCUAAUAACCUGUUGAGUGACAAUUUCGCAUUUGUAGCUUAUGAACCAAAGACUAGUAGGUCUGUUGUUUUCACAAACGAAGUUAUGGUUGUUUACUUCAAUGGUGAACACGUAAUUAGUGAGUCUAAGGAGCCUCUAAAGAAGGAACUAGAACAGCAAGUUAGAAAUAAGGAGAUGAGGAAAGGACAUCUUCUUUAUAAUUGAUAAUUUGUGUUUUUUACCUUCAUUUGUAUGCUACCUUUUCAUUAUUCGCUAAUACCCUUUCUUUUGGUACAAACUAAGAAUACAGUUACAUCCAAAUUGCAUAAGUAUUAUUCCGUUCCUUUGUACGAAUUUUAUGUAUUUAGUAUCAAGACUUUUAUCUGAAUUAUAUAAAAUCAAAUGUUUUUAUCUGUACAUGAAAUAUAUUGAGCAUAAAUAAUAGCA